AUGACAGCCACGAGAGAAGCUACUGCUGAAUGGAUGCUUAUGCAUGAGCAUCCAUUUUCAAUUGUGGAGGAAGAAGGCUUCAAUUUGAUGCAAAAAAGAGGGAUGCCCGAAUGGCAAAGAAUUAAUCGGACUAUGAACAAAAAUGACUACACAUCAGUUUAUGAAAGAGAGAAGACAAAAUUGAAAAAGCAAUUAAAGAAAGUCAAGAAAAUCAGCUUGACUACAGAUUUUUGGAAGUCCAAGAAUAAAAAAAAUGAGUAUAUAGUUAUAACCGGGCAUUGGAUUGAUAGUAACUGGAGAUUGCAGAAACGGGUUCUCAACUUUGUGCACGUUCUUCCUCCACAUCGGAGCAUCCAAAUUGCGGAUACUAUUUUCAAAUGUUUAACGGAUUGGGGAAUUGUGAGCAAGGUUUAUACAAUCUCAGUCGAUAAUGCCUCAAAUAAUGACAGUGCACUGAGAUGUUUGAAGGAUACUUUCUCCCGAAACAAGUGUCUAUUAGCAAAAGGAAAGUUGUUUCAUGUGAGAUGUUGUGCUCAUAUACUGAAUUUGAUGGUUCAAGACGGAUUCAGUCAAAUCAAGGAAAUAGUUGACACAAUCAGGGACAGUGUGGAGUUUAUCAAUAAGACAUAUGGAAGAUACUUGCAAUUUGCUGAAAUUGUACACCAACUGCAGUUGCCAGAAAAAAUGCUAAUUUAUGAUUGCAAAACAAGGUGGAAUUCUACUUAUGAGAUGCUGACUUGUGUACUGAAGUUUCAAGAUGUUUUUCCAAGAUACAGAGAUAGAGAGCCAAAUUAUGAUUUCUGUCCUACCACAGAAGAUUGGAAAAAGGUUUCAAAAGUGUGCAAUAUUUUAAAAGCUUUUUGGACAGCAACUCAUGUGAUAUCUGGUAGUGAUUAUCCGACAGCAAAUUUGUAUCUAAAUGAAGUUUGUUGGAUAAAAGUACUACUAGAUAGUAAGGCUGAUGAUGAAAAUAGCUUUGUCCGGUCAAUGGUGCAAAAGAUGAAGCUAAAAUUUGAUAAGUAUUGGGGAGAAUAUAAUUUGUUAAUAUCUAUAGCAGCUAUUUUGGAUCCCAGAUACAAGAUGAGAGUCAUAAACUAUUGCUUUCCAUUGCUUUAUCCUCCACAUGAAGUGCAAAGCAAUAUAGGCAAGGUUCAACAAGCCUUGUAUGACCUCUAUGAUAAAUAUGUGGAGAUACAUGUUUCAAGCCAAAGUGGAUCAUCUUCUCAACUACUAAUCGGCAAUGAUCACCCAACCAAGAGCAGCAGUAGUGCAUCUUCAUCAGUGUCCCAUGUUUCGGGUAUGAGUUGGAUACCUACUUUGAAGAUGGUCUCUUCACAGCUGCAGAUGAUUCAACGGUAG